AUGAGUCCGUUAUUAGACCAACAAAAAAAUUCGAGAUUUACAAGAUUAGAAAAUUUAUCUUGCAUGAGAAAAAACGAAUUGGUUAAAUUAUUUCGUCAAACGAUUCUUCCACUUCCACAAAGGUUAUAUCGGACCAACCGCAGAGGGAAAAUGUUGACGGCGCGCAGGGUGGAAGCCGGCCUAGAGGGUACCAACGUUAAAGAGAAACAAGUGGUAGAGGGGACGACAGGAAUUAAUUCAAAUCGUAAUACGAAUUCGACAUCGUCGGAAAAUCGGUUGAAACCACCGCCUAUAGAUACGGGAACGUCGAAAAAGAUCAAAACCUCUUCAGGAUCGUGUCAAACCUUUGGAAAAUCAAAGGAUUUAGAUAAAAUUGUAAUUAAUGACCGUAGAAAAUCCAAAGGUGAAGAAGAAAAAAUGGAAAAAUCUUCGAACAAAGUGAAAUUGAAAAGGGGUCCAGAGGCGGAUCCGACACCUACGGAAUCAACAACUUCAUCGACGGCAAAUAAAAAACAAAGAACUUUAAUAAAAUGGCCGUGA